CUGUACAUCCCAGACCAGCUCUUACUCAGAGAGGAAAUCUGAUCUGCUGCAGUACGGAAACAUCAGCAAUGGCAUGAUGAGACAAAUUCCUUAGGGAGCUGCCUUUACAGAUUGGAUGAAAACCUGGUGCUACUGAACUUCCAAGUGAGCUUUCUGUGCAGAGUGCCAUGACCAGUUUUGAAGUCAAGUGUUUAUGACAUGAUCCAGCUGACUUACAGGGAUCAACAACCCCCUUGUGAAUAAUGGUUAAAAACGGAUCCCACCUGGACGCUUUGACACUGGCAAUGCUCCAGAAUAAAACUGUCUCCAUCACCCUCCCAGUUGUGUAUACAGUGGUGGCUCUGAUCAGCAUCCCUGGCAACUUGUUCUCCCUUUGGGUGCUCUGCUGGCACAUCAAACCCAAAACACCUUCUGUUAUCUUCAUGAUCAACCUAAGCAUCACGGACCUCAUGCUGGCCAGCUGCUUUCCCUUCCAGAUUUCUUAUCACUUCCAGAGCAAUCACUGGACCUUUGGCAAGACUCUUUGCAGCCUUGUGACUGUGAUGUUCUACUCCAACAUGUAUUCUUCCAUACUGACCAUGACCUUCAUCAGCAUUGAGCGGUACAUGGGUGUGGUAUACCCGAUGAAGUUGAUCAAGUGGAGAAGAAAAAGAUAUGCCUUUGCUGCCUGUCUAGCUAUGUGGAUUUUCUUGCUACUAGCCUUUUACCCAUUAGAAAGCACAGAUCUGACCUAUGAAGUGAAAGAAUUGGGGAUUAUAACCUGUUUUGAUAUCCUAAAAUGGGAUAUGCUGCCCAACUUUGCAGCCUGGGUAGCUUUUCUCCUCACUCUAUUUGUCCUGCUCUUCCUGAUCCCUUUCAUUGUAACAGUUGGAUGCUAUAUUGGCAUCAUUCGGAAGCUAAUUCAGACAUCAAACAGAUAUGGUAACAGGCAGAAGACUAGAUCCAUCUACCUGGCGACAAUUGUCCUUCUGGUAUUCAUCACUUGCUUUGCCCCCAACAACUUUAUCCUACUUGCGCAUAUGAUCAUCCGCCUAUUUUACGAGAGCAGUUUGUACCCUGCCUACAAGCUCACCUUGUGCCUCAGUUGCUUCAACAACUGCAUAGAUCCCUUCAUUUAUUAUUUUGCAUCCAAAGAAUUUUACCAGAAAUUCAUGCAAGUGUUUCGCCCUAAGGUACUGCUCAGCGACAGCUUAGAAAACAGAAGGGAAAGUUUAUUCUCUGGCAGGACCAUGUCAGCCAGGUCAAUGUCAAGUGGACCUAUGGAUGGGUUAGAGGGAGUAAAAGUCUAUUUGCAAAGGCAGGAAAGUGUUUUUUAGUUUUAGACAUCCCUGGAAGAAAGACACCUGUGAGAUUCGUGAAUUAACAAAGAAGAUAUUUCCUUUUGAAUGGCUACUCUCAAAAUACCUGGCUUUUGUGACAGAACUCAAUCUAUACUUAUAUUGCACAUCCUACUUCAGUAUUUUCUGGUAAAAAAUGGAAGCGUUAAAGGAACUGAGUUUAUUCAAGAAGGCACUGAAGCAAACCCAACAUUAAUAAUUAGGGGUUGGCUUGGACGUAGCCCUACCGCAUGAGACCAAAGGAUAAGUUUAGGACAAAAGUUACUUUCAGGUUGUACGAUAAGGUUUAACCAAAGACUCGUGAUUCUCAGUGACUGUGAAUUAUUGCUGUACAUGAAUUAGAGCAUACACUGAAGCUGGGUUUGGGGCAAGGGGGUUGUUUUUUUAAGCAACAUGCUCGGCUUUGGGUUUGUUGGGGGUUUUUUUGCUUGUUUUGGUUUUUGGGGUUUUUUAUGUAUUCUUUCUCUCUUGUUGUAUUUCUAUAAAAGAAUGAAUAAAAGUAGCAUGUCAUUUUACCAUUAAUUCAUAAUGCAUAGCCACUGUGAAUUCACCACAACACUCACCCAACAGUUUAUCAGAACCAAACCACACUGACAUUUGAAAAGGUUAGGUUGACGCAUACUAUUUAUUUCAAUUUUAUACAGCAAUAUAUCUCAUGUAAGAAAAGGAAAGCUAGAACUAAUAAUGUUUGCAACUAAUUCAGCUGCUGAGUGGAUUAUAUUUUAAUUUAUUGAAGUUAGUAAUUUCUCAGGACUGCAGGGAGAAUUUAAAAAAAAAACCAAACAAAUUUUCUCACAUUAACAUGUACUCUGGGGUAUAUGUAGAAGAGCCAUUCCUCUUAGCAGAGAAUUUAGCUUCAUAUAAUGCAUGGGCAAUGAUUUUAUCUUCCUUACAAUGAUGGUGUGGAUUAUUAACCAGAUUUUCAGCUGGAUAAAAGAGAAUUCAGCCAUAGACUGGAGAGUGACUCUGUGCCAGUAGAAACCAGCUGAAAACCCAUCCCUAUGGCCAGAUGUCAGAAACAGGUAUCUUUCAGGCAGGCAAACAGAAAGAAGAAGAGAAAAAGGAAAGUAAGGCAUGAAAAUGAGAGCUGUACCAAAUACCCUGAUAAUAGGUUACAGCAGGUGGGUUGUGCAGUCCUGUGUUUGGAGUGCUUCUCUGAAAUAGCCUUCUCCACCUUGUUUGCACAUACCAUGCCAUGUUUUUCUUUUAAUUCUUCUCACAUCUCAACAACUGCCUGUGUGCUUGGAACGACAACAGCAGACCAUACACUGGGGAAAGAAAAAGGCAAAGUUUUCCCUGCAGUAUUUACAGCUUUUUGCCUACCUCUAGCCCUCAUUGAUAGUGGAGAGCCAAAAUACAUCUGAGAGUGCUAGACAAGUUUUCCCUCACAAGCGAGACAAAGCUAUACAGUAUCCUUUUGCGGCACUGCAACACCCAAGGUCCCUAAAGUCUGUCAUUUUUCUUUCAGUAUAACAUAAUUAAAACACAAUUUUCCACCACUGAUCACCAUGAAUGUGUUCAUGACAAAUGUUGGAAAACCACAAAACACACCAUGAAAUAUUUAUAUGUCCUACCUUUUGCUAAAGUAUCAUCAGUUUUUGGAGAAGAAUAAACAGGAGUGGACCUAGUACUACUUUACCAGACCUAGUAAAGCCAAUGGGAACAUUCAAUGUUUUGAGAAAUUUCAAGUGUUAGUUUUAUUUGAUCUUCACGUUUUCUGCCUACAAGGCCAACCUCAGUGAUAUAUAAGCUGCCUAAACCUUCCCAUCAAUUUGCCUGGAAGACAUCCUUCAGCAUCCGCUUUCACAGAAUUCAAGCUUUCUCACUGUCAAAAUUGUUUAAUUGUUUUCAGCAUUUUUGCUGCAGGAGAAACUUUUUUGGAGGUUAAACUGAAAUAUAUCUCUUUUUUUAAAUAUGCAAAUGUUUUUACAAUGAAAACCAUUACCUCUCCUACCUCUAAUGCAUGCUCUGUUUGAUCUUGAACCUGACCUGUGAGUGCAUAGUCCCUCCUAAGAUGUUCUUCAAAAAGAUCUAAAAGGGAGAAACCUUCCACUUUGGACCUCAACUGUUAUAUUUUAAAAAAAUACUGAAAUGCUCCUUUUGCAAGAGAAAAAAGAUGCUCACAACUAAUUGAAAAUGUUCUUUUUUCCAUCCCUCCAUCCUCACACAGCUCAACGUAGCCCUUCAGGUCUCUUCUGAAAAUGUUUAAAAAGAAAUAGGGAGAAUGCCUCAGGUACAGAUUCAGGUACAUCUUCAUAUCAAGUAGCCUCUGGUUAGCUCAGAUUAGGUGAAAUUCCCAUUUAGGACAGUGGGACUGUUCCUCGAGAAAGGAAUAUAAAAAUGAACUGAACAACAGCAAUCUUUUGAGCCUGAUGGUGUAUACUGGGAAGGCUUGGAGGGUUUUUUAUUAGAGAGGAAGAGAAUAAAUUAUUUUUAAAAGUGGCCCAAUAUAUUGUUCUUUGAUCCUAGAAACACAUUCUUCUGGGGCAUCACAAGAAUAAUGAUUUCUACCUUCCUUGGACAGUGUGUGUGAGUUGACAUUCACACACAUAUAUAUACAAAUAUAUACACACACAUAAAUGUAGAUUGUAAUUUGUGAGGUUAUUGAGAAGUUCAUGUCUAUGUCAGCUUCACUUUGGAGAAUAUGAGCCCUGGGCAACAUGCUUACUCUGUAGUUAAUGUAAAUUUACUGAGAAGACAAGAAUGUUUCUGUUUGUUUUGGAGGUUGGAGGGUUUAUUGUGUUGUGGGGUUUUUUAAUUAUUGUAUAGAAAUUUAAUCAAUGAAUAUGCUUGAACUUUUGUGUACAUAAUAAUAAUAAAAAUAAUAAUAAA